CUUUACCUCCUCCUCCACGCCGCUCGCCGCACGACCCUUCCUCUCGAUCCUUCUCCUCCUUCUCGCCGCACGACCCCCUUCCUCUCGAUGCCUUGCCUCUUGCUUUCCCCCCUUCCUCUCUACCAGCUACGCGAUAAAUGUGGCGCAGAGAGAAUCCACUAAUUAUUUCCUACUCAAACCUAUCCUCAAUAGUCGAGCCUCCGUGAGAGUAAGAGAGAGACAAAGAACGUGCUCUGCAAUGGAAGAACGACAAUUCAAGCGAGCAAAAUUCACUGAAGCUUCAAGUUCGUCCACCUCUGUGACUGAAAACAAUUACUACGUAUUCCUAAGCUUUCGAGGUCCCGAUACUCGCAAAAGCUUCGUCGAUCACCUCUACCAUAAACUCCAAGAUGUGGGCCUGCCAUUCCAUCCAAAGUUUGUGUUCAGAGAUGAUGAGGACCUCUCCUUCGGCGAGAAUAUUGGUGAAAAUCUCAUCAGUGCAAUCGAGCACUCUAAGGUUUCAAUCCCAGUCAUCUCAGAAAAUUAUGCUGCUAGCGAAUGGUGCCUCCGCGAGCUCAUUCAUAUAAUGGAGUGCAAGGAAAGCAGAGGACAAAUAGUCUUGGCCGUGCUUUACAAGGUGAAACCCUAUGAGGUCCGAGAACUGAAGGGAGCCUUUGGAGAGGCCUUCGAAUCCGAAUCCCGUAAGGAUCGUUUUGAUGAGCAGGUCAAGCAACAAGGGCCGAUGGCUCUCAGAAAAGCACUGGAUCUUAGAGUAUUCGAAUCGGAGAAAUUUGCUAAUGGGUGUGAAGGGGAAUUAAUAAAAGAACUCGUACGAGUAAUAAUGGACGAGCAGCAAGAUGAUUUCCUACCACCUCUUUCUAGGAACUUGUUUGGAAUUGAUGAUCGUGUGGCUGAGGUAAUGAAAUUGGUGGAAACUGAUCCUUCUGAAACUCGAAUUAUUGGGAUUUGUGGGAUUGGCGGCAUUGGUAAGACAACUUUGGCCGAAAACAUCUAUUAUAAGCUUGCCAAUAGAUUUGAGCGUCGCAGUCGCAGCUUUCUUAAGGAUAUUAGAGAAACAAUUAAUCGCAAUGGCAUGGAGCGUAUCCAAAAUCUACUAAUCUCAGAUAUAACAGGAAAUCAUGAAAGUCGUGUACUUGAUUCUAUGAGAGGGAUUGUAAACGUCCGAUUAAGUUGUGAAAACAAGAAGGUACUUAUUGUUCUUGACGAUGUGGGUCAUCGAGAGCAUGUAGAUAAAUUGAUUGGAGGUUGUAAUUUCAAAUCGGGAAGUAAAAUCAUUAUUACAUGUCGAGAUAAGGCCCUUUUGAAGUCUGAAUAUAAAUGUUAUGAACUUGAAGAAAUGAAUAGCAAAGACUCUAUGCUUCUGUUUAGCUGGUAUGCAUUUGAAGCGAAACAACCUCCAACAGACUUCACGGAUCUUUCUAGUGUUAUUAUUGCCACCACAGGAGGGCUUCCUUUAGCUCUCGAGAUUAUAGGUUCAUAUCUCAAUGGAAAAGAUGAAGCCAUAUGGACAGAGGCGCUGGAAAAAUUGAGGAAGGUUCCUCAUAUUGAUGUACAAGAAAAGUUGAAGCUAAGUUACGAUUCAUUGGAAAAUCAGGAAAAACGAAUGUUUCUAGACAUAGCCUGCUUUUUUAUUGGAAUUGACAAAAGAAUUGUCACCUACCUAUGGAAGGAUCUCAAUUUGUACCCAGCUUCUGGAUUGGCAAGAAUGAUUCAACUUUCAUUAAUAAAAUAUGGUGAUAAGAAUGAGCUGAGAAUGCAUGAUCAAUUAAGAGAUCUGGGUAGAAAUAUAGCCCGUUCAGAAGAUAAGGAGCCUUGGAAUCGGAGCAGACUAUGGGAUGAGGAAGCCAUGAACGUUUCAAGACGUGAGGAAAAAAAUGAAAAUAUUAAGGCACUACGCCUGGACAAAAGGGGCUCCAAAGAGUUCAUGGAGCGAGAGAGCUUCAGAAAAAUGCCUAACUUGGAGUUCCUUCACAUAAAGGAUGUGGAUUUUGAUGGAGAUUUCAAAAGAUCACUUGCUAAUUUAAGAUGGCUAAAGUGGGAGAAAUGUCCCAACUCUUUCAAGGCAACCGACGUUCAUUUGGAGAAAUUAGUCAUAUUGGAUUUAUCAAGUGAUGGUUUUUGGACUAGAAGCUAUAUUAGUGAAUAUUGGAGAGGAUGGAGUUCAAUUAAGUUAAAGAUAAAAAAUGCUUUUAGUUCAAUUAAGAUGGAGAGGUUGAAAGUUCUCGAUCUUUCAUGGUGCUCGCAAUUAGAGAUAACCCCUAAACUCUCAGCGUUUAAAAAUUUAGAGAUGCUAAUCCUGGAAUAUUGUGUUGGAUUGAAGGAAAUCCACCCUUCCAUUGGAGAUGUCAAGUGUCUCGUUUCCUUGAACUUGAGCCAUUGUAGAAAUCUCAAGAAGUUACCUGAACAACUUAGCGAAUUAGAAAAUUUGGAGGAACUUAUCGUAGACGAGACUGGGAUAAAAGAAAUCCCUCCAUGUAUAGGAUGUCUGAAACAACUGAAGAGGCUUAGUGCCAUAAACUGUAGGCAGCUUAUUGAAAUUCUCGCCUCUUCAAUUGAAAAGCCGGAAGAGUUGGUUGAGUUGGACUUGUACGGAACAAGGGUUAAGGAAUUACCCGAAUUCAUUGGGGAAUUAAAAAAAUUGAAAAUUCUGAGGAUUGAGAUUGGCAAUGUAAAAAGGUUACCGAGAUCCAUCGGAAAAUCACAAAGCCUCCAAGAGUUAUAUGCCAGCAUGUGUAAGCUGGAAGGACAAUUUUUUGUUGAUAAAGGUGGAUUGUCUUCUCUAAAGAUCCUUCAUAUAAACUACACAGAAUUUUCUAGCUUGCCGGAAAACUUACAUCAGCUUUCUUCUCUCGAGCACCUCCAUUUAAGUAGCUGUUAUAAGCUUGAGUCACUCCCAAAACCUCCUUUUAGCUUAUCAUACCUGGAGCUCACCUGUCGGAGCAAGGAGCUGCCAUCGCUCUCUCACUUGAAGAAUCUAAAGGAGCUCUUCCUUUGGUAUUGCAUGUCUCUUCAAAGCAUCCCAGAGCUUCCCUCCUGCAUACAGACGCUUUACGUUUAUCAAUGUCCCAAAGUGGAAAGGUUGGCAAAUCUUUCCGAUUUGGAAUUUUUGUCGAGAUUAGUGCUCAUAGUUUGCAAUGGACUGAAGCAAUUGGAUGGAUUGGAAGCUUUAAAAUCCCUAAGAGUGUUGCAACUAUCCCAAUAUGCCAGAUUUGGUGUAGAUCUAGAUAAUCUCCAAGAUAAUCUCCAAGAUAAUCUCCAUGCGAUACGAGGCCUUGAAAAAUUGGGAUCUUUGGAAUGGUUGGAGAUUCGUAGGCGCAAGCACAUUCAAGUACUGGACCUUUCAAAGUCAGAGCAUCUGAAGACGUUGAUUGUUAGGGAUUGCAAAAGCUUAGUUGAAAUUCGUUGCCCUAGUAAAUUCCUGGAGCUCUUUGAUAGGCGUGGGUGCGAGUCACUCAAGAAAUUACCCGACUUUUUACCACACAAUGGGCUAUGGUCGGAUCUUCGUCAGUUCGAUGAUGGAUUCUACGACUGGAGGGGUUGGUAAUAAGAAGAGGAGGAGGGCGGAAAGUGAGCACAGAGAUAAGGGGAAGAGAUUGAGGUCCAGCAUCAUCUGGUGGUUUGUUUCUGUCUUCUUUGAUGGACGACGAUGGGACGACUUCUAACCUCACCCACUCACCGAUUGCUUGUGAUUCCUGUUAGGUUACAAACUCUAUGCUAGUUGAUUGUUGCCCACACCGAUGCAAAAUUUAGAGUACAGAGCUGACUGAAUGACGGCAAGUGGCUUAAGUUACCUAAAGAUUUCAGUUCACAAAAAGGUGUCAAAGAAUGAUGUUGAGUUGUGCUUGAGAAAUAUCUGGUCACUGGCCAGUUCAACUAUGAAUUUGAGGAUUGCGUCUCUAGCAGGGAUGGGUUGUGUUUGAUGCAGGCGUGGAGACUGUUUUGGCCAACUUAUUGUCUGUUCCUUAGCUUUUCGACGUUUUUCUUCUCAUGUCGAGCAAGAAGGUUGGUCCACGAUUGAGUCGUGCCCUCAAUUGCUGGUGCUGCAUUGUUCCGUUGUGGAGUCUCCCCGAUUCACCUGCAAAAACUCCAUCUGUGCUAUUUGGGAAGCUUGAUUGUGGAAUGGUAAGGAAGAAGAUCAAUCUUUGGAGCUUAGUUUGGAGGACUUAGACGUUGCCGCCAUAAAAUAAGUGACAUUUGUUUUGUCCAAUUUGAUUGUUUCAGAUAAUUAUGUCACUAUUCAAAUCUACUUUUGUUGAACAAGUAUACUCUUUUUUUACAUUAAUACAUAAAAGGUAGUUUGGGGUGUUCAUCCGCAAGUUUAAGAGUUGAAGCACACUGGUUGGUAGAUGAGUUACUCAUUUGGUGUUAAUUUUUAUCCCUAGUAGUUUGGUGCAGUAUGUUGUGAUUGACUUAUCGUGAUGAAGUUAUUGUAACUCUUGGGAUUUGACCAAGUAAAAAUGAAAUUCUGGGGCCCACGAAAAGAAAAAAAAACAAACGGGAAGGUUGAAAAGUCAACUAAACAACGGAAGUGGAUGUUGGCUUGAGGGGAGAAAAAAGAGACGCUCAGCUCCCUCUUAAACUGAGAGCUCAUGUAGAAAGAAAAUGAAGAGAAGGGAGAAAGAAAAGAUCUGAUUCUGGAGAUCACUAACGUCUCCAACUAAACAAAAAAUAGCAGCAACUGGAGGGAGUUGUUUGAGCAAAGUAAAUUCCAUGCUUCAGUUUUAUUUGGCUCGUGAUCCUGAUAUGAAUAAAAAAGAUCAGAUUGCCUCCAAAAGGAUACUUGAUGUCUUUAGUCAAAUAGUACAAGAUUCUUCAUUCUCAAUGUGUCCAGUCAUUGUUUGGUUAUGACAAUGUCCACACCCCAGAGGCUUUAAAAGAAUAGAGGAUUUCCACUGCAUCGUGGAUAACAGUGUGAGAUCCAAACCAGAAGUAUGGAGGAAGUCCUUAAAUCAACCGUGUUGCUUUCAUGUUUUUGGGAUAAACAUGACAAAUAAUCGAUGGGUGGCUAGAAAGCUCAAAUCCAAAUGUUUUGUUACAGCUGGCGAUGAACAGAAUUGUAAAGUCACUCUUGCAAUGAUUGUGGUUUCAGCCAGAAAUAUGCACUAUUUUUGGCUUGGCUGAUGGUAGGGACAAAAAAUCUGUUGAGCUCGAGUACUUCCUUGCUGUUUAUGGCAAUGAAAAGAAGUGGGAGGAGCUGUCCAUGUGAUUUUUAUUUUUGUGGAGAGCUUAAAUGAAAUUGCAUCAGAAACAAGCAUUUCCAACUACAAGUGUAAUCUUGACAUAAGAAUAGCUCAUUGGCAAUGUUAGGGGUGCAAAUUGACUUGGAAGAUACCAGUCAUGUUCUUUUAUUGUCAUUUGCACAAUAGUUAAUGUGUGUAUCUGAAUCCUGAUGAGAGAAAUCAUCUAUUAUUUUCACCUACACAGAGAAUACCAGAAUGAUGGUGAACACAUGUGCCCCAUUUAGAAUUAUGAAAAUUAUUUGCAUGACAACAGCACGAUAGAGAUCGGAUUCUCGAGAUCAUCCGUGUUUGCUGUAUAGCAGUUGAGAGUACCUACAUCACAUUAGUAUUUUCAGUUUGGCAUGGGGCUUUUCAUGUCGAUGUCUUAUUGUUUUCCUCUUAUUUCAAGGACUCUUGAGGAAAUUGGUUGACCACGUGAAUGUGAUGCUUCAGCAUCAUCUGGCUUGUGAUCCUGUGGAAAAGAAAAUAGAUAAGAAUGCCUUUGAAGUACAUGACAUUGCAUGUCAUUAUAUGUCAUUAGUCACGGAGUAAGACUCUUCAUCCUUGACAUGACAUGAAUAUGUUCUUAUGCAUAUGUGAGUAUUACCUUUUUCCAAGUUCUAUUAAAGUUGGUUUCCUAGAGCAUAGGAUGUUUAUUAUGUGAUUCUUUCAUUAAUUCAUGCAUAAUAAAACAGAACUUCAUUCAUUGUUAGAAAAAGUUCAACCCAAAAGCUUAAAGUAUUAGUUAGAGGUAGACUGCAUAUAUAUAACACCUAUUGAUACCCUUUAUUUCAACCGAUGUGGAAUAACACUUCUAAGGAUUGAUUGAUCAUAGCAACUACUCAAGUGUGUGUGGUUUCAAUUGCAUUUUUUGUGGCUUAUGUCCACUUGUUCCGUCAUGGAUUAAUAAGCCACUAGAGGCACCAUCAUAAGAUUAUUACUUUUCUCAAAUCCAGGACACUGAUGUCGAGAUGAUGAAUAUCCAAGGAUCUAUAUUCCACUUUGUUUGUCGAUUGAAGUGCUAAUACAUAGAUUGCUCAA